AGGCCCACCUUAAACGCUUCGGAAGGUGUGUGAUGUUUAUAGAUCUCUGUAUAAAAGAUUGAACAACUGCUUGCUAAGGUAUCAGUCAGUUCUAAGUCGUCUUCUAGCACAAACAAUCGGCUAUUUAGAAUCCCAUCACAAUGUAUAGCAAAUUGAUAGUACUAUCAACCCUGGUAGCAAUCAGUUUAGCUGCCCCACAGAAACGAUUUACUCCAGGAGGGCUCGAAUCGCAAGCAGUGAUUCUAUCCCAGGACCAGAACAUCGAACCAAAUGGCGCAUACAGCUACCGAUACGAAACGAGUAAUGGAAUAUCUGCUCAGCAAACCAGUUACGAUGGUGCCAACGGUGCUGGAGAAUACGCCUACACGGGCCCAGAUGGAGUGCAAUACCGAGUGCAGUACACUGCCGAUACUUAUGGAUUCCAGCCACAGGGAGCGCACCUCCCGGUCGAGCCACCAGUACCAGACCAUGUCCUCAAGGGGCUGGACGAUAUCCGCCGCAACCCACCAAAGGAUCCCGGAUUCAACUUGGCUGCUCUCGAUGCAACGAUUGCCCGACUUCGCAACACCCUUGGCUAACCCAAAAUUAAUCAACAACGCAUCGAGCUGUUGGAAAUGGUCUUCAAAUUCAGUUGCUGUAAAAACGAAAUAAAAAAAUGGAAUGCUUAUUGUUAUUUAAGUUUUGUCAAAUAAAUUAAUCGCAUCCAUUCACCGGCACGCAAGUGGGACGGCAUUCGGUUUGGAAUGGUGUUGAAAAAAGAGUAA